AUGGAGCCAUGUUUGACGGCACGCCGCGGUCGCCGGCUUUGCUGCGCACUGCUGCUCCUCGCGGUGCUGGCUCCGCCUGACUUGACGUUUGGUGCCAAGCCCCCAGUCAUCGAGGAAGUUCCAAGAGAGGAAUUCGAGGUCUUUGGCUACAAGUCCGCUGACCUCUUUCCAGUCACGAACAGCAGUUUGCUGUCCUGGGCCUUCUUGAUCUUCUUCCCGCAUUGGCGGCACCUUAAGCCGGUCGUUCUCCUUGCGCCAAUCGUGAAUGCCAUCGCCUACACGAUUGUCGUCCUCUACGUGUUCUCGCACCCGAAUGCCCAGAGCGACGAAGCGAACAUGAAGAGUUUGGAGGGCAUCACGGCAAUGUUUAGCAACCAAGACGGCGUGUUUGCGGGCUGGUUGCACUACUGCGUCUUCGAUCCUUUGGUCGGCCUUGGCGAAGUCUUGGAUAGCCAGCAGGUAGGUGUUCCCCACUUGUUUGUGGUGCCGUGCUUACUUAUGACUAUGUUUUUGGGUCCGGCGGGCUUCCUCCUCUACCUCGCCAUCAGAUGGCUGGCGAUCUACGUGAAAGAUGAUGGGUUCUCGGUGCAGUAG